CUAUAAAAUUGAUGCUGAAACAGGUACGUCAUCUCAUUCACCUCCUGAUCAAACAUGGAUCUGCAAAUCUCACUUUUUCUUCUGUUCAUCUUAUUUACCAGAGUACACUCUCUCAGCUGUUAUGACUGCACAACUGAGUCCGGUUCUUGUAACCAGACAAAUCGGUGUCCCGCUGGAUUUACCAACUGCUUCAAUGUAACAACUGCUGUCAACAGUACUACAGUGAAUGUUACAAGUUGUGCUCCAUCUGUCUGUCCAAGUGGAUCCGUCAACAUCAGUGCUGGACAAGUCUCUUUUCUGUGCUGUAACACUGAUCCCUGUAACCUCCAAGAUGCUCCAGAUCCAAGCAAUAACACUUCCAGUGUAAAGUCAUGUUACUCUUGUGAUGGAGAGAACUGUUCAAACACAGUGAACUGUUCAGGGAGUGAAGACCACUGCUUUAAUGCAACAGGUGAGAAUCUGGAAAAGGAAGAAGGUCAAAAGUCAUUACCUUUCUCUCUUUUAUGUUUAAAGAGUUGGUACAGAUCACAUAUACCAAUGGUCAACUUGACUCUGACUCAAUCUUCAAUCUUUUCAACAGGGGCUUUCAGAAACUACUCACUGAUUUUAAAAGGCUGUGUCUCUGAAAUUAUUUGCAAUGCCUCAACCUUGAUUACUAAUAUACAUGGCAUUUUAUGUUGUAAUGGGAGCCUGUGUAAUGGUGCUCAGAACACCACCCACAGCACUAACGGUGUGCAGAGCACCACCCAGAGCACCACCCAGAGCUCCACCCAGAGCUCCACCCACAGCACCACCCAGAGCACCACCCAGAGCACCACCCAGAGCUCCACCCAGAGCUCCACCCACAGCACCACCCAGAGCACUAACAGUGGGCAGAGCACCACCAACAGCACUAACGGUGUGCAGAACACCACCUGGAGCUCCACCCAGAGCACCACCAAGAGUCCUAAUGGAUCUCAGAGUGUCACUCAGAGCUUCCUGUUCCUCUGCUGUUCUCUGCUCUCCUUCAUCCUGCUGCACUGAAUCCAGCAGCUCUACACAUUCUACAAUAUGACAUACUAUACAGAAUAUAUAGAUUGUAUUCUCUCUGUAAACUUAAACUAUAGUUUGUAUUCUUAAAAAAAAACAAUCAUUUUAUGAAAUAAAAUAUUGCAUCACCUUUACACUUGUUUCUGGGUUUAUUUUUUUUAUAAACAUUGUAUUUGCAUAAACAUGAAUUUUGUUCAAUUUAUCGUUUGGCUACUAACUUAUUUAUUUUUUAAUUUUUUUAGCUGUUUUCAAGUUACUGUACUUCUGAUGCUCAAAAGUAGUAUGUUCAGUUUUGCUUUGUAGA